AUGUCGCAGUUCCGCACGCAGCUUCUUCCUAAGCUGUGGCAACGCUACAACACCAUCAGCCUCACCCUCAACACCAUCACCAGAUCCUCCAAUUCAAACUCCAGUAACAAAUCAAACACCAACAAACGCAUCUCCCUCUUCGUCUUCGUCUUCGCCGCCGCAGCAACAGCAACAACCGCCACAACCAUGACGCGCAAAUCAACAUCAUCCACAAUCUCCUCUCACCCAUCAACCUCUCAUCCAUCAACAACUUCUGUCCUCAAAAUCGCCGGCAGAAACAACAUCCCCGCCGAGGCCCUCUCCAACCCUCACCACAUCCUCAAGCGCGGCGGCCACAUCUCCGGCUUCAAGAAUCCGUAUCCGUCAUGGUCCAACCCGCCCAGCGUGACAAACAUGUGGUCGACGGUCCUUUGGCCAACCAUCACCGGCGACCUCAAGUGGCCAGACACGAAACCUCCCACUGUGCCUGUCGUUCCUCCUCAGUGGCUUCCUGCUCGUGAUGCUUCGGAUAAACUCCGCGCGACGUGGUUGGGCCAUGCGUGCUAUUAUGUCGAGUUCCCCUCUGGUCUGCGUGUUCUAUUCGACCCUGUGUUUGAAGAUCGCUGCUCGCCAUUCACUUUCAUGGGUCCUAAACGCUUCACCCCGAAGCCCUGCGAUCUCAAAGACAUCCCCGUCGUCGACGCUGUCGUCAUCAGCCACAGCCACUACGACCAUCUAUCGCACUCCUCCGUCCUCGAGAUCCAGAAACAUCAUCCAGACGUGCAAUUCUUCGUCGGUCUCGGCCUCGAGUCCUGGUUCCGCAAAAGCGGCCUCCAAAACGUCACCGAGCUGGACUGGUGGGAAGACGCCACUCUGACCGUCACAACCCCCAUCAACGGCGAGAAGAAAUCCAUUUCGGCCCAGAUCUCAUGUCUCCCGUGUCAACACACCUCCGCCCGCACGGCCUUUGACAAGGACACGACGCUGUGGUGCUCGUGGGGCGUCAAAUCCGGCGACAAGAACGUCUGGUUCGGCGGCGACACUGGAUACCGCGCAGUCCCUCAUCUGCCCGCCAGCGUCGACGACUACGGCCCCGAAUACGAGUCUUUGCCACGAUGUCCCCAAUUCAAGCAGAUCGGCGAGCAUCGCGGACCGUUUGAUCUGGGCUUGAUCCCCAUUGGGGCGUAUUAUCCCCGCGCUGCGUUUUCCGCCAUGCACGCGAAUCCAUUUGAUUCAGUCGAGAUUUUCCAGGAUACGAAAUGUGAAAAGGCCAUGGGGAUUCAUUGGGGCACGUGGGCUUUGACGAUGGAGGAGGUGCUGGAGCCUCCGAGGCAGCUUAAGGAGGCGUUGAAGCGCAAGGGCAUUGCGGAGGAGGGCGUGUUUGAUGUUUGUGACAUUGGUCAGAGCAGGGAGUUUUGA